AUGGCAUCAUCAUUGGACAAGUUAGCUUCUUAUCUCGAUGAAUAUAAAAUUGUAAAUUUCGUAUUUUCAAAUUACAGCGACGACAAAAUUAAAUUGUUAACGAGAAAAGGAGUUUUUCCUUAUGAAUACAUUGACUCUAGGGAAAAGCUCGACGAAACAGAAUUACCACCUAAAGAAAAAUUUUACAGCACUUUGAACGAUUCAAAUGUUUCAGAUGAAGAUUACGCACAUGCGCAGAAAGUGUGGAGUGAGUUUAAUUGUCAGAAUCUAGGUGAUUAUGUGUUCUUGUACAUGAAAACGGAUAUUUUGUUACUCGCGGACAUUUUUGAAAAUUUCAGGGAUCAGUGUUUAUUAGCAUACGGUUUAGAUGCAGCACACUAUUAUACUACACCGGGUUUGACUUGGGACGCAAUGUUAAAGUAUACGGAAGUAAGACUUGAACUCUUGACAGACAUUGACAUGGUAAUGUUUAUUGAACGCGGGAUAAGAGGUGGGAUUAGUCAGUGCACUAAUCGUUACGCUAAAGCUAACAAUCAUUACAUGGAAAAAUAUGAUGAGAAUGAGGAAACAUCUUAUAUCGUAUACUUUGACGCAAACAACUUGUACGGUUGGGCAAUGAUUCAACCGCUUCCGUAUGGUGGCUUCGGGUGGGUUGAAAAUAUUGACAAUGAUUUUGAUUUUAACAUUUCAGAUGAUGGACCAAUUGGGUACAUCUUGGAAGUUGACCUGGACUAUCCAGAUCAUCUUCAUGAUAAACAUAGCAAUUUUCCAUUUUGCCCUGAACGCUCGAAGCCACCAGGGUCAAAAGAGGAGAAGCUCCUAACUACCCUCCUACCGAAACGAAAGCACGUUCUCCAUUAUCGCGCUUUAAAACAAGCUAUUGACAACGGUUUAGUUUUAGUUAAAAUCCAUCGCGUCUUAAAAUUCAAGCAAUCUACUUGGCUAAAGAGUUAUAUUGACUUUAAUACCUUGAAGAGAACAAAUGCUAGUAACGAAUUCGAGAAAAACUUAUUCAAACUAAUGAAUAACGCGGUAUUUGGAAAAACAAUGGAGAACGUGCGAAAACAUGUAGAUGUUAAACUCGUGACAAAGUGGGAGGGUAGAUAUGGAGCUGAAGCACUUAUCUCCAAACCUAAUUUUCACAGGAGAGCCAUUUUUAAUGAGAAUUUAGUUGCUGUUGAACUUAGGAAAAUGGAAGUUUUGAUGAACAAACCUUUGUAUGUUGGCUUGACUGUUUUGGAUGUGUCAAAAACGCUUAUUUAUGAUUUUCACUACGAUUACAUGUUGAACAAGUAUGAUGAAAAAAAUUUAAAAUUAUUGUACACCGACACCGAUAGCCUGAUUUAUGAAAUAAUGUGCUCCGACAUUUACACUGAUAUGAAACAAGAUAUUCAUAAAUUCGACACUUCUGAUUACGCAGCAAAUAAUAUUUACGGUAUUCCGCAAGCCAACAAAAAAAUAUUAGGUUUGAUAAAGGAUGAAUGCUGUGGAAAAAUUGUGACUGAAUUUGUUGGCUUGCGGAGCAAAAUGUACAGCGUUCGCGUAGAAGAGAAAGAUUUAAUAAAAAAGGCUAAAGGUGUUAAAGCUGGAGUUGUAAAAAAAGAUAUUAGUUUUGAAGAUUAUGUGUACUGUCUGCGAAAUGUUAAAAUUCAAUCCAGGACGCAAUAUUGUAUUCAGUCAAAACUGCAUAAUGUACAAACAUUAAAGCAAACGAAAAUUGCCCUCAGUCCUUAUGACGAUAAGAGGUAUCUUUUAGACAACAGCACCGACACCCUUGCAUGGGGACACUAUAAAAUUCUAGAAAUCGACGAUGAUGAACCAAUGUAA